AGUAAAGUAACUAGUACGGGUAGCAGUAAGCGAAGAGAACUGGUUGUGUUUGUUUUUUUGGAAAUUAAAAUCAUGAGCCUGGGUGGUGGGAGUGGUAAUCUGGAGACUAGGACGUUGCUGGAUGAGCUCCGGAGCUUCGAUAAGGGCGGUUUCUUUGACUUAGGCCACCCUCUUCUCAAUCGCAUCGCCGAGAGCUUCGUCAAAGCCGCUGGGAUCGGUGCUGUUCAGGCUGUCUCUCGUGAGGCUUACUUUACUGCAUUUGAAGGGUUUGAUUCAAAUGGUAGCAGUGUACCGCCAGAGAUUUCGGGUGCCAAGAAGCAUCGCUUUCCGGACCUCAAAGGUGAAACAAACAGAAAAUCUCUUGAAGCCAUGGUGAAGAGCACAGGAAAGGAAUCUUUACAGUGGGGAUUAGCUGCAGGAGUUUAUUCGGGCCUCACAUAUGGACUGAAAGAGGCUCGAGGAGCUCAUGAUUGGAAAAACAGUGCAGUUGCAGGGGCAAUAACAGGGGUGGCUCUGGCACUUACAACAGAGGACUACUCUCAUGAGCAGAUAGUGCAAUGUGCUAUAACAGGAGCUGCAAUCUCCACUGCUGCAAAUCUUCUAACUGGCAUUUUUUAGUUCUUCAUGGAAAAAUAUGCACAUUUUUUUUUGUUUGGUUUUCCACUACUUAAAAAGGACUCUCUUUCUUUAUGCUUUUUUUAGUCUUAUAAAUAUGUGAUUUGUAUUCACCACCUGUUUCAAGAAACUCAUUAGAAGAACCCUUUUGGUCUUUUCUA